UUUCUUUCGUCCGCGUGGCUUUUUACCUGAAUCCACCCCUCCCCGCACAGACAAAGCAGCCCAGCAUCGGCCCCGGCAACCAUUUGACGUCCGGAAGAUUGUUCUCGUCUCAUCACCAGGCAACGCGGAUCAGCAUCUUCUCCCUUUACUACUCCAUCCCUCUUUGAUACAGGACUCAAACACAACUGAUCACCAAGCAAGAUGCCAAAGGACGCAGCACCCGACACGAUGCCAGAGCUGGCGGCAACGACCCUCUUUGACGUGUCCGGCAAGGUCGGCCUCGUCACGGGCGGUGGCUCGGGCAUUGGCAAGAUGAUGGCGGCUGCAUACAUUCGCAAUGGAGCCAAGGUCUACAUCGCCUCGCGAAAGCUGCCCGAACUCGAGAAGCAGGCUGCAGCCCUCUCUGCCUUGUCCCCCAAGGGCAAAGUCAACGGCCCCGCCUGCAUUCCCCUCGAGGCUGACAUCUCGACAAAGGCGGGAUGCGACGCCCUGGCAAAGCAGAUCAAGGAACGCGAGUCGCAGCUCGACAUUCUUGUCAACAAUGCCGGCCUCACCUGGGGCGCGCCUCUGACCGACUUUCCCGAGGCAAAGGGCUGGGACAAGACGUUUGCCAUGAACGUCAAGUCGCAGUUCUACCUCACUGUUGCCCUUCUUGACCUCUUGGAAAAGGGAAAGAGCAACGAGAACCACGCCAGCGUCAUCAACAUCGCCUCCGUCGCUGCCUUUUCGCCCCUCGCCGAAUCGGGUCUGGCCGCCCCAGGCCAGGGCACCUGGUCUUACCAACCGUCAAAGGCAGCGUCUGUGCACCUCACCCGCACCAUGGCCAACUCGCUGGCCGAGAAAUUCAUCCUCGUCAACGCCAUUUGCCCCGGUGUCUUUCCCAGCAGGAUGACAGCCUACGGACUGGCUGAGAACAAGGACAUUCUCGAGGGCGUUCAGCCCACGGGCCGCAUCGGCUCGCCCCAGGAUAUUGGCGGCAUGGCCCUCUUCCUCUCUGGACGUGCUGGUGGUCAUGUCACUGGCCAGGCGAUUGCCGUCGACGGUGGCCAAAUGCUCCAAUUCAUGCCUCGCCUGUAGACACUAGCACCUCUACCGCUUUCCUUGGAAUUCCACUCGGCGCUGAUGGCCUGAGAAUGCAUUG